CUCGUUUACACUCUCAGCCUCACCAGCAACAACCAUGCGCUUCUCGCUCGCCAUCCUUGCUCUCCCCGUCCUCGCGGCUGCGACUGCGGUUCCCCGCGGCGGCGCUUCCAAGUGCAACAGCGGUCCCGUCCAGUGCUGCAACACCCUGGUCGACACUAAGGACAAGCAUCAGACCAACAUCGUCGGCGCCCUUCUGGGCCUUGACCUCGGCAGCCUCACCGGACUUGCCGGUGUGAACUGCUCUCCCGUCAGCGUGAUUGGCGUUGGGGGCAACUCCUGCUCAACUCAGACCGUGUGCUGCGAGGGGACCCAGUUUAACGGUCUUGUCAACGUUGGCUGUACGCCCAUCAACGUUGGCCUGUAAGCUACUCGACGGCCGUACCUCAGAACCUUGGCUCAGCGAGAACGUCCUUGAACUGCUAACCUACGGACUCAUUUAAUGAUCUUCACCGCAUACUGUCUUUGACCGCUAUACCGUACACCCAAGAAAAUCAUACAUGUUCUCGUCGUCUAUGCUAUAUAAUCUGCAUGUGUUGCA